UUGUUUCUUCCCCACUUCUUUGGAGUUUGCUCCGAACCGGUCCGCCUGCUGCAUCCCCGCCGGGCGCGGGGACAGAACUGCGCGCCCAGGACUAUUGCCAUUCAAGAGGCUGCAGCUGUGCGCUGGCCGCACCUUUUGCUUCGUGAGCUGCCCGCAGGCCGAAGCUUCCUGCCGGCCAAUGCUGUAGAUAGAACGAGUGCGCAGAUGGGAUUUCCGUCCACAUGGAGAUAUGGAAGAGGACGGGGGAUCAGCACCGUGACCAUGGUCAGCUGGGGGCGCGUCCUCUGCCUGGUUGUGGUCACCAUGGCAACUUUGUCCCUGGCCCGGCCCUCCUUCAAUUUAGUUGAGGGCACCACCUCCGAGCCGGAAGAACCACCAACCAAAUACCAAAUCUCCCAACCAGAAGUUUACGUGGCCGCGCCCGGGGAGUCGCUAGAGUUACGCUGUCUGUUAAGAGAUGUCGGCAUGAUCAGUUGGACUAAGGAUGGGGUACCCUUGGGGCGCAGCAAUAGGACAGUGCUUAUUGGGGAAUACUUGCAGAUAAAAGGUGCCACGUCUAGAGACUCCGGCCUCUAUGCUUGUACCGCUGCUAGGACCCUAGACAGCGCCUCUGUCUAUUUCAUGGUCAAUGUCACAGAUGCCAUCUCAUCUGGAGAUGACGAGGACGACUCGGACCCAGAAGAUGCGCUCAGUGAGAACACUAACAGCAAGAGAGCGCCCUACUGGACCAACACGGAGAAGAUGGAAAAGAGACUGCAUGCGGUCCCCGCAGCCAACACGGUCAAAUUUCGCUGCCCAGCUGGGGGCAACCCGACUCCUACUAUGAGAUGGUUGAAAAAUGGGAAGGAAUUCAAGCAGGAGCAUCGCAUCGGUGGAUAUAAGGUACGGAACCAGCACUGGAGCCUGAUCAUGGAGAGCGUCGUCCCAUCCGACAAGGGGAACUACACUUGCGUGGUGGAGAACGAGUAUGGGGCCAUCAACCACACAUACCACCUUGACGUCGUGGAGCGCUCACCCCACCGGCCCAUCCUCCAGGCCGGGCUGCCGGCUAACGCCUCCACGGUGGUCGGCGGCGAUGUGGAGUUUGUCUGCAAAGUGUACAGUGACGCGCAGCCCCACAUCCAGUGGAUCAAGCACGUGGAGAAGAACGGCAGCAAGUAUGGGCCCGACGGCCUUCCCUACCUCAAAGUCCUCAAGGCCGCCGGUGUUAAUACCACGGACAAAGAGAUUGAGGUUCUCUAUAUUCGGAAUGUAACUUUUGAGGAUGCUGGGGAAUAUACGUGCUUGGCGGGUAAUUCUAUUGGGAUAUCCUUUCACUCUGCAUGGUUGACAGUUCUGCCAGCGCCCGUAAGAGAGAAGGAGAUCCCGGCCUCCCCAGAUUACCUGGAGAUAGCCAUAUACUGCAUAGGGGUCUUCCUCAUCAUCUGCAUGGUGGUCACGGUCAUCCUCUGCCGCAUGAAGAACACCACCAAGAAGCCCGACUUUGGCAGCCAGCCCGCCGUACACAAGCUCACCAAGCGCAUCCCCCUGCGGAGACAGGUCUCUGCGGAGUCCAGCUCGUCCAUGAACUCCAACACCCCACUGGUGAGAAUCACCACCCGCCUCUCCUCCACGGCUGACACCCCGAUGCUGGCUGGGGUCUCUGAAUACGAGCUUCCUGAAGACCCAAAGUGGGAGUUCCCAAGAGACAAGCUGACGCUGGGCAAGCCCCUGGGAGAAGGUUGCUUUGGGCAAGUGGUCAUGGCGGAAGCCGUGGGAAUCGAUAAGGAGAAGCCCAAAGAAGCCGUGACGGUGGCCGUGAAGAUGCUGAAAGACGAUGCCACAGACAAGGACCUCUCAGACCUCGUGUCGGAAAUGGAGAUGAUGAAGAUGAUCGGAAAACACAAAAACAUCAUCAACCUCCUGGGAGCCUGCACGCAGGACGGGCCGUUGUACGUGAUCGUAGAGUAUGCCUCCAAGGGCAACCUGCGUGAGUACCUGCGGGCCCGGCGGCCGCCCGGGAUGGAGUAUUCCUACGACAUCAACCGCGUCCCCGAGGAGCAGAUGACCUUCAAGGACUUGGUGUCCUGCACCUACCAGCUGGCCAGAGGCAUGGAGUACUUGGCCUCCCAAAAAUGUAUCCAUCGAGAUUUAGCAGCCAGGAAUGUUUUGGUCACAGAAAACAAUGUGAUGAAAAUAGCCGACUUCGGGCUGGCCAGAGACAUAAACAAUAUCGAUUAUUACAAGAAGACCACCAAUGGGCGACUUCCGGUCAAGUGGAUGGCCCCGGAGGCACUCUUUGACCGAGUCUACACCCACCAGAGUGAUGUCUGGUCCUUCGGGGUGUUGAUGUGGGAGAUCUUCACUCUGGGGGGUUCGCCCUACCCCGGCAUCCCCGUGGAGGAACUGUUUAAGCUGCUCAAGGAAGGGCACAGGAUGGACAAGCCUGCCAACUGCACCAAUGAACUGUACAUGAUGAUGAGGGACUGCUGGCACGCGGUGCCCUCACAGAGACCCACGUUUAAGCAGUUGGUGGAGGACCUGGACCGCAUCCUCACCCUCACCACCAACGAGGAAUACUUGGACCUCACUCAGCCUCUUGAACAGUACUCACCAACUUACCCCGACACAAGGAGUUCUUGCUCUUCGGGUGAUGAUUCUGUUUUCUCUCCGGACCCCAUGCCUUACGAACCGUGCCUGCCUCGGUUCCCACACAUAAACGGCAGUGUGAAAACCUGAGGGGCCUACGUCUUGUCCCCCCGGGGGACGGCCCAGGACCCUGAGCAGGGCUGCCAGCACGGCUGUGGAGUCUAGUCUCCACAUGUAUAUAUGGAUCAGAGGAGUAAAUAAUUGGAAAAUAAUCGGCACACGUGUAAAGAGUUUCUCCACAGAGAGAUUUAUCACCUUCGCCAGGAGAGGAAUGUUUUGGGGGCAGCGGUCUGCGGGGGGCCCCCACCUGCCUGGGACCCGCCGUGGGGGCGGGCCGUGGGCCGGCUGGACUCAAGGCAAACUUACGGUUCUGCCUUCUUUGUGAAUUUUGUAAGAAUUGGAGAAAAUAUAUGUCAGUACACACUUACUGAGCACAAUGGCAGUAUAUAGGUGCUGGAUGUAUGUAUAUAUAUUCAAAUUAUGUAUAAAUAUAUAUUAUAUAUUUACAAGGAAUUAUUUUUUGUAUUGAUUUUAAAUGGCUGUCCCGAGGCACCUAAAAAAAAUUGGACUCUUUUUUUUUUUUUAAAUAACUAUUUGCUAAAUACUGUUGUUCUUACACAGAAUUUCUUAAUUUUCACCCGACAGAGGUGGAAACAUACUUUGCUUUCAGGGAAAAAAAUGGUAUAACAUUAAUUUAUUAAUGAAUUGGUAAUAUACAAAACACUUAAUCAUUUAUUGGUUUUUGUAAUUUAAGUGACAUUUCUAUGCAGGCAAUGUAUCGGGACUGGUUAAGCUACUAUUCACACUUAACUAGUUCUCUAACCUGGAAAAGAGAAAUAUCUACAAGGAUCUGACUCGUGGGGGGUGGGGAAGAAGGUGGGAUUUAUUUGUGUUGAAGUUCUGCUGUCAGCGGAGGUCUCUGGAACCACAGCAGCGGUGUGGCGGGAAGUUACCCGCGCGGAAGGUGUUUGGUCGGGGCAGGAUUUGCCAAGGAAGUGGCGGCCUGCAUUCUCUUCAAAAGAUGGUUCAGUCCUCCUGGGAUGGACUUAGCCUGGUGGCAUGCACUCUCUGGGCAGCUGGCCUUCUGCCCCGACGGCGACUUCAUCAGAGAGGCCUGUCGCCCAUGGGUUUGGAGAGUGGCUUCCGGAUCAGCUGACGUCACACAAGCUUUUUUGCAUACUCUUGUCUUACCCUGCAACCCAGAGCCGCUCUGCUGGUGGCUGGGGGUCGUGGGGGUGCGCGGCCAGUCCAUCUCUUUAAGGGAUCGCUUCCGUCUAAUGCUGCCAGGAUCUCACGUUCCUUCCAUCUGAAAGCCUCGAGGGGCUGCUGGGGAAACGCCCUCAUCACGGCUGUGGCCGUGAACAUGGGUGCAGACCACACUGAUUUGACCUGUUAUAUAAUUGGAGAAAGUAUUUAAUAAAACCUGUUAAUUUUUAUACUGACAAUAAAAAAAAUGUUUCUACAGAUAUUAAUGUUAACAAGACAAAAUAAAUGUCACUCAGCUUAUUUUUCUAA